AUGUCUUUCCCUUCAUCUCCUGUCUCCCCAGUGGACGAUAAGCCCGUCGCAGACCUUCCAAGUGGUUCUGAUGCGACCGCAAGGAAUAUCACCAACGACUCAGGUCGUCUCCAUGCCCUGGAACAACUAGAGGUCCUCCCCAAAAUGCUCCAGGAAGGCAUCCUCUUCGCAGGAUCUGGCGCGACCCUGCUACUACAAGCUGCCAUGCCUGGAAUCCGCGAUUCGGGCGCCAACAACGGCGGCCACAAGGAGUUAGCCACUGAGCUCAUCGACGCUCUCCAGGCCAAUAUCAGCUACAUCUCCUGCUUGGUCUUCGGUACCCGUAACGAGCGCAAGAUUCUCGUCAAUCUCCUACAGGAUGGUAAGCCACCCCUGCUAGGUGGUGGUCACUCGAAUCGUUUUGCUGAGCAUCCACCGCUGCAGUUGUGGAUGGCAGCCACGUUGUACGCGACCGCAACCGAUUUCUAUCAGCGUGUCUAUGGCCGCGUUGAUUAUGCCAGCGCCCAGCGCGCAUACAGCGAGUUUUCCUUGCUCAUGAACUGCCUGGGUGUCCCUGCUAGUACCUGGCCGGAAUCCCGCCAGGCAUUCUGGUCUUAUUGGGAUGCUCAGGUCCCUCAGUUGACUGUCUCGGAGGAUGCGGCUCAGUUUGCCAAGGAUCUUCGAGAGAGUAAGGAUAUGCCGCGUUGGGUGCAGUCUAUGAAGCCUUUCUUGCGUGUGACUACAAUUGAAAUGCUGCCCCCGCGUCUGCGUGAUGCCUACGGUUUGCGCUCGACAGCUACCACUCGGGCCCUUUACCGCACCUGGAUGGGCUUCUCGGUCGCUCUUUAUCCGGCAAUGCCUAACAAAUGGCGAGCAUACCCUUUGAAGUUCUACCAGGAUCGGCUCAAGGAGAAAAUGGAUGUGUUUUAA